AUGGGAAUGUUUUCCCGAAUGUCCACCAUCGUUAAAUCCAAGAUGAACCGCAUGCUCGACUCUGCUGAGGACCCCCGGGAGACGCUGGACUACUCGUAUGAGAAACAGCUGGAGAUGCUACAGAACGUCAAGCGCGGAGUGGUCGAGAUGGUGACCGCCAAGCGACGCAUCCAGCAGCAGGCCGAGCGGGUCGGGGAGAACAUCACCCGGCUGGACCGUCAGGCUCGCCAGGCGCUGGACGCAGACCGGGAGGACCUCGCCCGGCUGGCCCUGCAGCGCAAGCAGACCGCCCUGGCGGAGCUGGAGGGACUGGACGAGCAGAUCGCCGGCAUGGAACGGGAGCAGGAGAAAUUGACCCAGGCCGAGCAACGCUUGCAGGCCAAGGUGGAUGCCUUCCGCAACCAGAAGGAAAUCAUCAAGGCACAGUAUACGGCGGCUCAGGCUCAGGUGCGCAUCGGCGCCGCGCUGGGCGGCAUCUCCGAGGAGAUGGGAGACGUUUCGAUGGCGGUGCAGCGCGCCGAGAACAAGACGGACCAGAUGCGGGCCAAGGCCGGCGCCAUCGACGAACUGGUUGCCUCCGGCGUGCUGGACGACAUCACUGGCCCCCGGGAUGACAUCGACCGGGAACUGGCGCAGAUUUCGACUUCCAGCAGCGUGGAGGCUGAACUCGCCGCGCUGAAAAACAACAGCGCGGCGGCCCCGCCCAGCGGGGGGAGCGCCUGA